AACAUCUAGAAAAAAGUGCGACCCGCGCAACAUUCAAGACGUGAACAAACCUAUCAACAUACAAAUUGACACUAGUGAUUUGCUCUCUGUUGGUUGAUAUACCAUUAAUUCCUGUCAAAUAUGCCUCCCGUUACUCGAAGACGCGCUAAAGAUGCCGAAAAUGCACUUGAGAGCGAAGUAAUCCUACCAAAAGAAUCAUGGCGCGCGAAGCGGAAAUCAACGGGGAACGAUAAUAACGUCGAAAAUGGAGGCGCUGUUUCCCCGGCGCAAAAAGUGGGAGAUCCUAAACAACGGAAGCUAUCCGUGCGCACACGAGAAGACGAAAGCACGGGUACCGGCCGAAAAACACACCUUGAAGCAGAAAGACCUACGAGCCCAAAACCUAAGAGUUCCCGGACGAGCGCAGUACCAGAUUCCCAAGAUAAAGAAGAGAAAUCAUGGGGAUCAGACUCCGCAUUACUCUCGAGCGUCUCGAAGCAGUUGGAAGAGGAUGCAAGCCAAAGACUAGCUUCUUCACAGUCGCUGUCGCUGUCGCAAGAGCCUGAUCAAACGCCUGCCCCUAAGACCAAGGGGAAGCAUCUUGUCUUUGACGAUGAUGACGAUGUAGAGAACUUCGUUGCGGCGGCGGCAGAAGUAGGCAAGAAGGUAGAGGUAGAUAUCACCAAAGACGAAGAGGAGGAGAGUGACGACGAUGAUGCGCCUGAAGCCGUGUCGACACAGGCCGCUGCCAAGGAGGUACAAAAAUCAACUCAGGCAGCUUUGGAUGCCGCUGAGAAACAAACCGCCAAUCUAAAACGAAAGCGCCAAGAAAGAGACAACCUCUUCAAACAACAAGCCGAGCGCCGCAAACGAUCUCGCGCAGAAGUCGAAGUCCACCAAUCCAAACGCCCACGCAAAGACUCCGCCUCCAACGACUCAGACUCCGAAGAAGACGACACUCCCGAAGUCGAAACGGCCGUGACAACCGGCCGGCGGCGCGCGCAGAAACUCGCCGUCCCUACACACCUACCCGCCGAGUUCCUCGCAGACUCGAGCGAGGACGAAGACGAAGCAGACGGUGAUAACGACAACAACAAUGGCCAUGGCCAGGUCCUGAAGAAGCGGAAGAAGCUGUCCGGUCCGCAGCCUACGAAGAUCACGUUCGACGACCAGCCCAAGAGGCCGCGGGACCGCGUGGUGGGAUCGACUAAGUACAGGGUUCUAGCCGAGCAGGGCGAUGUGCGGCUCGCGCCGCGGGCGCGGAGGGAUGCUAGGGUGUCGAAGGAGAGUUUGUUGAAGAGGAGACGGGUUGGCGUGGUGCCGGCGAAGGGGACGGGAAGUGGGAAGGGUUUUUUUGUUAAGCGGUAAGGAGGUGAGAGAAAGGGGGAGGAGGAUAAGAGGGAAGGAGACGUGGUUGGCUUCAAUGAAGCUAGUUAUCUAUAUCCUACGUGCGUUAACUGUUAACUGAACAAGUUCAAAUUCCCACGAUUUAUAUGAGCUGUACGAUGAUCUUAUAUCUUGAGUCGGUCUGUCAGAGCCUCUUGAUUUACUGGUUUCUGAUAGUUGGUUGAGUCGCAAACAUAGAACUAUAGAGAACGUCUUUCACAUUAA